GCUUCGACGGCGACCUCCCUCUAGCGUGCCCCGAAACACAGUAUACGUCGCAUGAGUUUUGAUCAUGGGUUUUUAAAGUUAUAUGUAUUUAAAUACAAAUUAAUUUUCAAGGCUGUGCUCUUACGUCAGCAUGCUAACUAUGGCGGUUGAUAUGGUUUCAGUUUGUUUGGAGUUCACGUUAAAUAGAUACAUUGGUCAUUCGGUAGUAGGGGAGACCACGUACAACACUUCUAUCUCCACUUCUUCGCUUGAUCACUGUUUCCGGGAAUGUUUUGAAGACAGCCUGUGCUACACAAUAACGUAUUCCUCCAACAUGUGCUACAAGUACGGAUGUGAUGGUAAUUGUCAGCUGGCCUCUAACGGUGCAAAUGAUGUUUACCAGCGCGUUUGUCUGGAAGAUUGCAUGCCGUUGAUUAACACAUCACAAUACGACGUAACAAUAAUUGGCGGUUUUUCACACGGGGCAAUGGCGAAUUACACGUGUAAACCAGGACAUACCUAUCACACCGGGAACCUUACAAGGAUAUGUAACACUAACUAUUGGUCAGGCUUUGCCCCACAGUGCGUUGCUGAUUGUAAACAACCGACAGCGAUUGUGAAUGGCUCCGUCAGUUUGUCCAACGGUACCUCACUUGGCAGCACAGCGACAUACCGGUGUCAAGCCGGGUUCCAGCUGGCUAAUGGGGCUUCAAGUCUUGUAUGCGAUGAGAGAUCGCAAUGGAACGGUACACAUCCAAUCUGUGAAAUAAUAGAGUGCGGCCGACCUUCCGAUGUGCAAAAUGGAUCAUACAAUUUUUCGUCCGGAAUUCAGUACGGUAGCGUUGCCACGGCGUCGUGCUAUUCGGGGUACGAGACCAAUGACACUGCAAUGAUCGUGUGUGGUGAUGAUGGCAAUUGGAAUGGCUCUCUCCCCGACUGUGUUCCAGUUGAUUGUAAAUCGGCCCAAAGCAUUGAAAACGGAACUGUCGCCUUUACAGGAACAACUUUUAACCAUACUGCAUUCUAUAACUGUAUGCCCGGCUUUGAAUUAGUUGGACCUAACCUGAUGAAGUGCAAUCAGUCGGCGGAAUGGGAACCAUAUGUACCAAGAUGCCAAGUUAAGGAUUCCAAAAGCGUACCAAAGAAUCUGUACAUCAUGCCGUGCAUUUGUUACAACAAGACGUUCACUGGGCUUACCGAGGAGCAGAUUAUAGAUCAGUUGAUACAGAACACCUCGAUAGACACUCGCAACACCACCAUGGCGCUCAGCAAAUUAAGCUGUCGGCGCGAUGACCGACCUUUCUGUGUCAUAACCGGUUACGUUGCCAUCGGCGUUAUCGGCGGGAUGCUUCUACUGGUGGUCCUUUCAGAUUUGCCAAGACUAAUCCGUCAUUUUAGAUACCAUUUUUAAUAUGCUUAUACAACAAUUUACAGCUUUUGAUUAAAAUGUACUAACACGUUGUUUGUCGCCUGUACAUAAAGCACGUGAUCAUGAGUGAUUAUGUUGUGUGUUUUUUCAUAUUUGUUUUAGUGGCAGUCAGCUUUUAUUACCCUUAGCAUGCACUUUUGCUACAAGUUGGCUUUACGAUUCGUGUUUAAUGCUUUUAAACAGAAAAGGAAAUAUAUCUUACGUUCAUUUACGUGAACUGCAGGACCACACUUUUAUAGUUAAAAGUUUCGUUUGCAACCAUUUGAAUCACAUCAAAUAUUUACGUACAGUAUUUGAUAGAUGAUUAUAUUUAAUUAACGACAGGUAGGAAAAAAGAACAAAGUGGAUGGUUUUCAAUGGUAUGAUAGUUUUCAUAAAAUUAUCGGUACAUUACGAGUCGAUUACAUAGACAUAUAUUGGUAUGUGUGCAUUAUUUUUCGUGUAUUUGUUUAAACUUAUAUGCACAUUCAGAUCAAAUUACAAAGACGAAUAUGCUUGUGUGUUUUUUAUUGUGUGUUUCUUAAAAUUUUCUGUAAAUUCCGAUAUAAUUAUUGUGACGAAUGUGUUUGUGCUAUUCUUUUAGCUUGUUUGUUUCUUAAU